UUAAGACGUCUUUGUUUAGCAUUGAUUCCGGAUAAAGUAGGACCGGGUGACGGAAACCGUUGAAGAGAUAACUAAGUAUGGACCUUAAUACUUGAAUUCUUUUUUUUUCUUUCUUUAUUUUUUUUACUGAGUUUCUUCCUUUUCCCCCCAAAUGAUGUGCAUGCUCAGGCAUAUAAGCAUACAUGGUAGCUUCGCCACUGUUCACCCAGGCAAUCACGUGAUACCGUUUGGAUAUUUAAACCGCUUCGUCAGAAGAUUUCUUCCUUUCGGAUUUAAAACGUCUUUAGGAAAAAAAAUGGGGGACGAGCUAAUGGCUCGAAAUAUACAAGAUGCAGAAAAUCUAAAAACGAUGUGGAAACGUGACUAUGAGCUGAAGGCCAAGAAGGCGCUCGAGUUUAUCAGCGAGACAAUCGGCGCCAGAAGCUUGGACACAUCGGGGGAUCUGGAUAACUUCCAUAACCAGCUGAAAGAUGGCGUCUGCCUUGGCAAACUAGUAAAUGCCCUGAAACCAGAUACCAUUCCAGAGACCUACUUUGCGCCGACCCGAGAGAAGGAGCUGAUUGAAUUGGCUAUCAAUGGAAUGAAGCAACUAGGCGUGACCGAGUCGUUUGAGAUAGAUGAUUUGGUCGAAAUGAAAAAUCUCCCAAAAUGUCUCAAUGCAAUCGGUGCCCUGCAGAAAAAACAAAAAAAUUAAAUUGUUGAAAAUAUUGUCUAUUAAUACAGUCAUAGGGUUUUCUGUGUUAAUAAAGUUAUUUUGAACAUA